AUGUCGCUCCACCAGCGGCCGCACCAGAAGCCGCCGGCGACCGACUCCCUCCCCGCCUCCGCCGCCGCCGCCGCCGCCGCGCCUUCUCGCCCGCUCCCACUCCUCACCCUCCCUUACCUCUUCUCCCUCCUCGCGCUCCUCCUCCUCCUCGCCCUCCUCUUCCCCUGGGGCCCUCCCAGCCACUCCUCUGCCCCCGCCUCGCCGUGGCGGGGGUACACGCUCCAGGAGGCCGCCGCCUUCGCCGCUCGCGCGGGAAACGGCACCAUCGUCCUCGCCGCCGUCUCCGGGCCCUACCUCCCCUUCCUCUCCAACUGGCUCAUCACCGUCCGCCGCGCCGGCCGCGCCGACCAGGUGCUCGUCGUCGCCGAGGACUAUGACACGCUCGAGCGGAUCAAUGCGGCGUGGCCGGGACACGCCGUCCUCGUGCCCCCCGCGCCCGACGCCCAGGUCGCCCACAAGUUCGGAUCCCAGGGGUUCUUUAACUUCACCUCGCGGCGGCCGCGGCACUUGCUGCAGAUUCUUGAGCUAGGGUACAGUGUCAUGUACAACGAUGUCGACAUGGUGUGGCUCGCCGACCCAUUCCCGUAUAUCGUCGGGGAUCAUGACGUGUACUUCAUGGAUGAUAUGACUCCUGUGAAGCCAUUGGAUCAUUCACAUGAGCUGCCACCACCUGGUAAGAAGGGGCGGACUUACAUCUGCAGCUGCAUGAUAUUCCUGCGGCCAACGGAAGGGGCUAAGCUGCUAUUGAGGAAGUGGAUUGAGGAGCUCAAGGAGCAGCCCUGGUCAAAGAAGCAGAAAGCAAAUGAUCAGCCAGCAUUCAACUGGGCUUUGAACAAGACUGCAGGACAGGACACACAGGACUAUGAUGAAGUGGCACAAGAUAAGAUGGCUACAUAUAAGAGGGAUCAGGAUUCACGGCUGUAUCAUGUGAAUUUUGGAGCAUAAAGCUUCAGUUCGAGGCUUUGGGCCU